GUCAAUGUAUUUCUACAGUAAAAAGUAUAUCCUACAGAAAAAAAACCCAGGCUUAUGUCUGCUCUUUAUAUCAAGCAAUUAAUUUGCAUAGUGCUAAACUAGUUUUUAUGAGGCUUGAUUUAUAAAGUAAAAAAACAGAUAAAACUUUCUGAGAAUGGAUUUGCAAAAUCUCCCCGAUUCAUGAAGGUCGUCACGGAAAUGCAAUUAAAACGCUUGGAAAAUGACGACAUGUGAAGAAAUAAAAAAAAAAUACGAAAAUAUAUCCUGCGCCAUUGAGUUCUUGAUCGGAGAAAGCAUUACCUGCAGUGUUCGAAGCAGUGCACACUGUUUAUGUGACCUCUCGAAAUAGCACGUGUACUACCUUCACACAUCGAAAAAAUGUGAGGUUUCCUCUUUGUCUCCUUUCUCACGUUCAAUUCUACAUGCGCAUGUGUAUUUUGUGUGUGCGUGUAUAUAUAUGUGUGUGUGUGUGUGUGUGUGUGUGAGAGAGAGAGAGAGAAAGAAAGAGAGAGAGUAAGAGAGAAAGAGUAAGAGAGAGAGAGUAAGAGAGAGAGAGAGUUUUCCUUAUCUAAGGGUAUUGUAUGAAGCCAACACACAAAGCAUUCAGGAGACAAGGCCAAGUGUAUUUGCUUACCUUCCGAAUGUUUAACAUAUAAUUUGCAAAAUGCUAAGUAAAAAAAACAACAGUGUUUACAAAAUAUUAUAAUAUUUAAAAAGACAAUAUUUCUAUUUCUGAACGUGCAGUUAGAGCUCGUUUUUAGAAUCUAUGUCCGAAAACUCAACCAGCUAUCAGAAAGAGACUAGUUAUGCUCGCCUUUACUAAAAACCCCAGGUUGCAAUGACCAUAUGUCCCAUGUGUUGGUCCAGGAGCCGUGCACUUCCCCAUUGGGCAGAGGAUGUCUUCUCCACCCUGUGUGUUCUGUCAGUCCACUGGUUCACUAGUUCACCGUGUCAAUCUACGCUGCUUCGCGCAGGCAGUGAGAAGCAGAAAGGCAGAUAGACGGUAGAGGUGAAAUCUUUCGCCUGCUGGUAACUUCUGUCUCUUACGAGACACACGCCGAGACGAGAAGUGGAGUCCGGAAUUCUUCACAUAGUGGAAUAAACUGUGUACUAAAGACCGUUCAUUUAAGGACGUUGAUGUACCUCGCGCGUUCUAGCAACGUCACUGGCCAAAGACGAGAUUUUUAAAAAACUAAACUAUCUCAUUUUAUAUCUUUCAGAGUACGCCAUUAUAGUACUUAUCAUUCGUAUGACUUUUAGUUUACCAAGAAGGAUAAGCUUUCGUUUGCGCCCUUGUAAACUCUUUGAAAUUGUGGAGGAAAAAUACAUUCCGUGACUUGUUCUUCUGUUCCAUGAGCGUCUUGAACAAAUAUCCCAAAGACGGGCAUUUUCGUUGAAGAGACUGAAGGAAUGCUGGAAGUCAGGCUGGAACCAUCCCUGGGUGUGCCCAGGCUCGAAAACCUUUUGUUUUCAAACAGCUGAAGAUAGAUGCCUUCAAAUAGUGCCUUCGAGUUAUCGGGAAGCUGUAUCCUUGCAUAAAAUCUAGACGUGAAAGACGUUAUCUCGGUCAGCUUCCAAGAAGCCGUUGGAAAAAGACCGUCACGUGACAUCGGGUGCCAAUGUUCUUCCAGAAGGUCGUCAGGACCCUGGUAGCCGGUAACGCGAAUUUUGGAAAUGCAGAAAACCACCUACUACGACAAUUCGACAUUAUUCGGAGGUUAUUCGUAUCAGGGGGCAAAUGGCUUCAGUUAUGAGGCCCAGCCAGCGGCUUUCCCGAGCUCGGCACACCUCGAUGGCGAUUAUCAGAGGUCUGCCUGCUCACUGCAGUCGCUAGGCACCAGCGCACCCACUCAGUCACAGCACGCCAAGACGAAAGACCUCAAUGGCAGCUGUAUGCGUCCCAGUCUACCAUCUGAACACCACCAACCUCCCCAGGUAUCUCCUCCUCAAAAUCCUGUGAACCCAACUGGAUCUAGUGCCCCCCAGCAGCCGGGUGGUAGCGGCAGUGGUGGGGCUGGCGGCGGAGCUUCCACCAAACCCUCCACCAAGUCGUCCACACUUACCCAGAACCCGACCAUCACCAAGCAGAUCUUCCCUUGGAUGAAAGAGUCACGUCAGAACACCAAGCAAAAAAACAGCUCCCCCAGCGCAAGCUCGGCUAAUGCGGAGAGCAGUGGCGGCGAGAAAAGCCCUCCGGGUUCCGCGGCUUCCAAGAGAGCGCGCACAGCCUACACGAGCGCACAGCUUGUGGAACUUGAAAAGGAGUUCCAUUUCAAUCGGUACCUGUGUCGGCCUCGACGCGUAGAGAUGGCUAAUCUUCUCAACCUUAGUGAAAGGCAGAUCAAAAUUUGGUUCCAAAACCGACGCAUGAAGUACAAGAAGGAUCAAAAGUCGAAAGGCAUGGGUUCCUCCUCAGGGGGGCCAUCCCCAACCGGAAGCCCGCCCCUCCCAAUGCAGUCCUCAGCUGGUUUUAUGAACUCCAUGCACUCAAUGGGCAGCUAUGACGCGCCUUCGCCGCCAUCGUUCAACAAGCCUCAUCAAAACGCAUAUGCCAUGUCAUCAUCCUAUCAAAAUUCUAUGAAAGGUUGUCCCUCGCAACAGAAGUAUGGCAGCACAGGACCAGAAUAUGACCCACAUGGGCUGCAGGGUAGCAGUGGCAACUAUGGCACUCCUAACAUGCAGGGUAGCCCAGUGUACGUAGGAGGGAACUAUGUGGAUGCCAUGCCGGCCACUGGGCCCUCUAUGUACAGUCUCAACCACCUGCCACACCACCAAUCUGCCAGCAUGGACUACAACGGUGCCACACAGAUGUCGGCUAACCAGCACCACGGACCGUGUGAUACACACCCGACAUACACAGAUCUGUCAGCGCACCAUCCUUCUCAGGGUAGAAUUCAAGAAGCACCCAAGUUGACGCAUCUGUAACAGGUUUGGGGAAAAUACAAAAUAAAAAUUGAGAUAAAAGGAAAAACAAACAAACGAGCAAACACGAACCCAGGGGACGAUGCAAUGGGGUUGAAAAAGAUGAUCCAGUGGUUUCUUGCCGUUUCAAUCACAGCAGUUGGUGUUGAUGUUGUCCUUUCAUUCACCUGUGAGCACACUCAUUAGUUCAUAAGACAUCUUACAAUCAGUUCUGUAUGCAUAGCUUCGAAAGCCCUAAUUAAAAUAAAGAUAAUUAAUAGUGGGUAAGUGUGGAUAGUGUAUGACAAUUAAUAGAUUAUUUUUCUGUAUGACCCUGUGUGACUCCCUUUUACGCCAUCGUUGGCAUGUGUGUGUAUUGUGUCAGGCUAUGGCCGAGUUCUUUACUGUAAAAACUGCUUGAGGGUAGAGCGAAGAAAACUCUUAAAACAAGCGUAAGGAAACCACUGGAUUGUUUUUGUUCACUUCCCUUUUUCCACAUACCUCUUUUUGUUUAAUAGAUUCGCUCAACUGUCUUUUUUUCUAAUUCACCUGCCUAAGACCAUCAACAGGAAAAGCUCAUAGGUAAUCACUUUACAUAUAACACGACUUUAAUCUACAUAAUUUCGAUAAGUUAAAUGCUAUUUUCGCACUGUGCUGCAUAUGGCCUCCUCUUGUAAAACGACUGUAAUUGGGUAAUACUUAUUAAACUCAUACAGGGUAAAGAAAGACUAUUUGAGUAUUUGAGAAUUUUAGUCAAUAAACAGUCGCCCCAAUCUUUCUCAAUUGCUUGUACCCCUCCCUCGUUUUUGUCCAUUCCUUGUCCCCAAUCUCUCUCUCUCUCUCUCUCUCUCUCUCUCUCUCUCCACACUGAGUUUGCUUACAUCAGCCUUCACUAAUGAGAAAGGCAGACAUUUUCUCUUGUCUUGACUUAACGUGGAAACAGGGUAUAAAUGAACAAAAUGCAUGUCCGAGAUGCAACGCAGUGGUGUGGACGUUUCGGUUUACGCCUAAUGUUUUCUCGGCUGGGCAUCAUUGUUGCACUUAGAGUUUACAUUUUGAUGGGUAAGGAAAAAGUAAAUCUUAUUUUGAAGCGAAAGACCUUCAAUCAGCGUCUUUCGGUAUGUGUUCAAACGAACAUUCAUAAAUAUAUAUUUAUUUGUUAUAGCCAGUUUAAAUACUUUCUUUUUUAUUAUUUAUCCCUCAUGUAUUUAUAUCGAGAAAGUGUACUUUUUUAGUAUUUACCUGUUAUACGGAAAAGACAUUGUGUUCUUGUCAUUGUAACUAAUUUUGGUUAUUGUAUUUUUAGAGACACCUAGGUUUACGUUACCCUUGUACAUAAACGACUUGACUUGUACAGGGUGCGAGGCAAGGGAAUCAAACCGUUCCAGCAUAGUCGGAAAUUAGACAGUAUAGCGAAACUUUUUUUUCUUUCUUUAGAAGAAAUCUUAAGUUGUUCUUUGUAGUAACAUUGAUUUUCUUGUUAAGAGUUGUCUGUUGUACAAUUCUUUAAUAAAAUAUUAUGUUAAUCAUUUUCA